AUGGCUGCGUCAGGUUUUGACGUAGGAUUAGGCCUCGAGGGCUCCCAUAUACUGGUAACUGGAUCGUCAGGGGCGAUUGGAUCAGUCGUGGUCAAAGCAUUUCUUGCAGCCGGUGCAUAUGUGUCGGCAUUUGAUAUCGUCGAGCCGCGGGACCCUGUCCAGAAUGAGCGACUAUACUUCCAACAGGUGGACAUUACGGACGAGGCCAGGGUGGAGGAGGCUAUGGAAUCGUCCAGGAGGAAAUACGGGGUGUUAGCGACGUGUGUUUUGGCUGCGGGUCUGGACUUGUCCUACUGUCCUCAGCGCUCCCUCGUCGACAUGCCGCUAGAAGCGUGGCAACGAGUGCUGAACGUCAACGUCGACGGGACGUUUUUGACCUGUCGAGCGUGGCUUCGGGGCAUCAGAAGCCAUGCAACAACCCAGACCAGGAAUAUCUCUGCUAUUCUUUUCGGCAGCGAAGCAGGCACCUUCGGAGUCCCACUAUGCGCACCAUACGCCGCCUCCAAAUCAGCAAUUCAGUAUGGCCUUGUCAAGUCGCUCGCCCGCGAUGCUGUUGGAAUCUGCGAGCGUUGUCGGGUGAACGCUGUAGCACCUGGACCCGUUGCUACAGUGCAAUUCAAAAAGGAAUGUGACGAUGAUCCCUCUGCUUUAUGGCGUGAAGCCCAAGCAACUGUUGCGUUACACCAGCCCGUCCCAAUUGAGGCGGUCGCAAGAGCAUGUCUCUUCCUCGCAAGCGACAACUUUGCUGGCAAUAUAACUGGACAAGUGUUGCCGGUGGAUUCUGGAAAGAGUGGCGCCCUGAUGUGGCCGGAAGCACAAUAG